AUGACGCAGACGCAUCUCCUUUGGAAAUACUAUUGGGAAGACGAUGUCGAAAAAUUUCGACGCCUCCUCUCCCUCGCUGCCCACGGCCCCCAACCGGCUGGCCGGAGCAGCAACAUAACCCCAGGCCAAGCCGGCGGUGCUGGCAGUCUCGGUACAUCGCCCCGUCCGUCGGGCAAGUCGCGCAAACAGCCCAACGGCGCACUCUCUCGAAUCGAUGUCAACAGUCGCGACCAUGUUGGCCUUACCCUCCUUCUGCGCGCCGCCUCCUCGACAACCAAGAACGCCGUUUCCUUCGCCGAAGCCCUGAUCGAGCACCCCGCCAUCGAUAUACACGCCCAAGACCCCGAGAGUGGCUGGAAUGCCCUUCACCGUGCAUUAUACGCAGGGAACAUCUCGAUUGCCCGGAUGCUGCUGGCUAAAGAACGGAGGGUCUUGGCAGGACCUACAGCAUCGUUUCUUCGGGUUGGACAGCUGAUCAAGACCAAGGAUCACGAAGGCAAUAGCCCUUUCGACUUGUAUAACGCGACCAUUGGUGAGCGGGACUUGAUAGCUCUUCGGGAACAGGGAGGCGCGCAGGAGGAAGAGGACGGAUCAGACAACGAAGCCGAGGUGGCUCAGGAGAGCGUUUCCAGGAAAUCCAGGCACGGUGCCCUUGGCGAGGAUCUAUACACCUUUGGAAGCAACCGGAACCUGACAUUGGGCCUUGGAGAUCAGGAUGACCGUCAGUUCCCCGAGCGGGUUUAUCUUGAGCGGCCGGCGCAUUUGCUUCAGCGAUUCUACAACGAGUACCUAGAGAGUGCUGGAUUAGAAGGUUCCACUGCCCAAAACCUGAGGGACGUUCCAGCUCUUGUUUUGAACCGACCGAUUGUUAUCGAGGAUGUGGUCAUGUCGAAACUUCACAGCGCCGUUCUCACGACGGACCCCGUCUCGAAUCUGUAUGUUAGCGGUGUUGGCCGAGGUGGACGGCUAGGACUUGGUGACGAAAAUACCCGCUUCAAGUUUACCCCGGUCCAAGGACCCCUGGCCGACAAAAAGAUCAUCCAGGUCGCGCUCGGACAGAACCACACCAUGGCUCUAGAUGAGAGUAGAGCUCUAUGGACUUGGGGUAGCAAUGCCCACUCCCAGCUAGGCUAUACUCUUCCUGAGCCGACCAAAAAGGAUGAAGACCCCAUAAGCACCACGCCGCGGCAGGUAUUCAGCUCCUUGAAAAAGGAGAGUAUCCAGGGUAUAGCUGCUUCCUCAAUCCAUUCAGUUGCUCACACCGGCAUCUCCCUCUAUUGCUGGGGUAAGAAUGUUGGCCAACUGGCUCUGAUGGAUUCGGAUUCGAGAUCCCUCGAGUAUCAGCAGACCCCGAGAAAGGUGGCAGCUUCACUCUUCUCGUCGCCGAUUGUCAUGGUCUCGGCUAUUGACAAGGCGACAACAGUUCUUCUCCAGAACUACACAGUCUGCGUGUUCACUGGUUACGGAUACAACAUCGUCAAGUUUCCCUUUGCGAGCAUGGAUACGAUUGGCCAUCUUUCCAUGUCCAAUCGAUAUGAGCCAGGUAGGAGCCAGAUCUCCUAUAUCACGUCCGGUGGAGAGACGAUUGCUGCUUUGACAAAGCGUGGAGAUCUGUUCACCAUGCAUUUGGACCACAAGAUGGAGACGAACCCACCGGCAACCUCUACCACCAAUCCUUCCAAGAUCAAGGGUGCUGUAACCCAGCCGCAAUGUAUCUGGAGCGCCAGAAAGGAUGGAGUGCGGUCGGUUGGAGUGGGUGAGUAUGGCUCGGUCAUCAUCAGCACCCACUCUGGAGCCGUUUGGCGCCGCAUCAAGCGAGCAAAGGUCAAAGACGCCUAUUCGUGGUCUUCGGAAUCAAAGCGCAACGACUUCAAAUUUCAAAGAGUGCCGCACAUCACAAAGGUUGCCGCAGUACGAGCAUCACCUUUCGGUGCGUUUGCUGCGGUUCGCCGAGACUUGGAUGUAUUGAAGGAACAGCUCGUGGUUUCUGAGCAGUCUCUUUGGAAGGAUGUGGCACCACUCAAUCCUCUGGCGGAUUUUAGAGCAUCUGAGCCGAAGCCGAGAGUCAGGAAUAAGGAAAAGGUCAAAUUCUGGGGAAAUGAGACAGUAAAGUCCAACCUCGGAUCCGUCGCAUAUGAAGUGCUCAAAUCCUCGGAUCUGGAAGAGGAUUUGGACUCGUACCUCGUAGAAUGGAAUCAUCUUCACCAACCAUUGGACGCCCUGGGCUUGGAUGUGAUCACCUUGCUCAACUUCGUUCACUUCAUGUACGAGGACAAGGUGAUACCGGCAUGGAACUUUACACGUCAAGCCCCGCCAUUGGCCUACAGAUAUCGUCAGGUUCGCCAGGAGGUCAUGAGGCUUGCCACUCGUCUCAACAUGCAUAAUCUUGAGGCAGCGGCCCGGCUGCAGGUUGACCCCAAGAAAUGCAUGGAUGAAGAUUUCCGACUAGCCAUCAAGGACCGCACCUUCUUUGGCGACGGCGAUAUCCUUCUUGAACUCGACGGCCGGGAAGUUGCCGUCCACAGCUCCUUUCUGUGUCAGAGAUGUCCUUGGUUCCAGGUGCUUUUCCACGGACGAUCCAGGGGCAUUUGGCUGGCUACGCGUCGAGAAGAAGCAGAAAUCGAGAACGAGAGGAUCAGGAUUGAUCUCAAGCAUAUGGAACCCAGUGCGUUCGCUUACGUGCUUCGGUUUCUGUAUGGCGACUACGGCGCGGAGCUGUUUGACCCCACCAUGUGUGAAACGUUCGCGGAUUUCCUUGACCUUGUCAUGGAUGUGAUGUCUAUGGCCAACUACCUUAUGCUGGACAGGCUGUCACAGAUCUGCCAAACCAUCAUGGGAAGAUUUGCCAACAUUCGCAACAUUGCCAACUUCCUCAAUGCCAUCAGCCCAUGCUCUAUUACUGAGUUUAGAGAUGCCGGGCUGGAGUACAUCUGCUUACAGCUGGAGUCAAUGCUCGAAAAUCACCUGCUUGAUGAGUUGGACGAUGACCUGCUUCUGGAGCUAGACGCGAUUGUUCGUGACAACCAGGCUGCCCAGUCGCCGUUUGUAAGGAGUGGCAGAUUUGAGAUGCUGCUUCAUGAAGCUCACCCAGAGCUUGCUCAGGAUAUCGAUGAAGAGAGGCAGAUCAGGGUUAAGGAGAUUGCGUUCAGAGCUUCAAGGGAAGAUGAUCGAAAGCUUUCCACGGCCUUCAAAGGCAAGGGUAGCAGUGGCGUUGAUGAUGCAUCAGCGUCUACGCCUGCUGCUGACAAAACUAGGAGAGCGUCAAAGGCUGCCAGGAAUGAACCAUUUGGUCAUAGCCCCGAGUUGAAGCCAAAAACCUCGCAAGCCGAUCUCAUCUUUGACAUGGAAGAAGACGGUCCGGCUACGCUCAGUACGCCCCUUGGUGCCAAGGCUCCCAAGGUCUCUAGUUCGGCAGUGGAUAAGGACCAGUUCCCGACACUAGGCAGUUCAUGGAAGGGCAAAGCUCCGAUCCGGAGUGGGCAGUCGCCUGCCAUGGCAUCACGCAGUUCUUUGCAGGCCGGAACAUCGCCAGCGACGAAAGCCGGAGGAGUUCCAUGGGCGAACGCCCCGAUGCCGGCCUCGAAGGUUGGCUUGCGGGACAUCAUCCAAUUGGAAACCACAACUACGCCAGUUGCAGCAGGUCGGUCAGCCCUAUCAGAGGGGUUGGCUGCACAACAGCAACAGCAGACGGGCAAGGAAGGGACAUCGGCGCCAAAGGUUGCACAGCCCAAGCUGUCUCAGAAGGAGAGGAAGAAACAGCAGCAGGAACAGGCGGCAGCUCAAGCAGCUUUGCACUUUGCCAAGGCUUCCCUUGCAAACAAGCCGGCAUGGGGUGACACUGAAUCGAAGGCGCCGCCUCCAUGGAAGAUGGUUACCGCCAACAAGGCCAAGCCAGCGCCGCCACAUGUCAAUCCUCCCGUCUCUUCUUCACCAGUCGCCAAGCCACUGGUGGCAGCAGAGGCUACGCCCGUCGUCCGCAGGACAGCAUCGCCAGACACGCGAUUUGCCGGUCAGCGGACGUCAAGCAACAACAGUGUUCAUACCGCUAACCCUAAUCCCAAGUCCAAGUCGACACCCACACUCUCCUCUUCCUCGGCCCCCCGUCCGAGUCCCCAACCUUCAGCCCAGCAGUUCCCAAGCCUCGGAGACUCUUCCAGCAAACCAAUCAUCCCACACUCCAAGGUAUAUAUUGCUCCUGCGCGCAAGGACGAGCAUUUGCUUGGCUUUAGCAUGGAGGAGAUCAUUUUGCAGCAGAAGCUCGAGCAAGAGCGGAUCAAGGGUGCUAUGUCUAAGAGGUCCUUGCAAGAAAUUCAAGAGGAGCAGGCGUUCCAGGAAUGGUGGGAUGCCGAGAGCAAGCGGUUACAAGAAGAGGAAGAGGAGAGGAAGAGAAAGGCUACAGAGAAAGAGGAGAGGAAGGAGAAGGGUGACAAGGCAAGGGGCAAAGGAAGAGGCAGAGACACUGUCAAUGGUGCCGAAAGUUCAAAGGCUGGCGGAGAUGCCACUGCGAAGGGCACCGGAAAGCCGGGAGGUGGUGAGGCUAAGACGGGAGAACGGAAGGGUGAAGGGAGAGGUGGGCGAGGAAAAGGAGGUCCAGGUGGUAAGAAAGAUGGGCCUCCCCCCGGCGAAGGAAAAGGAGCUGUCGUCGCUUCUGCUGCGUCAACCUCUGCAACACCAGCGAUACCAACAGGUCCAAAGGGCCAUGGUGGAGCAGCAGCGCCACAACAUCAUUCCAGAAAGGCAGACGGCGGAGAAGGAAGCAGCAACCCGAGGAGGAGAGAUAGGGGAAGAGAUCGAGGGAAAGGCGGGCGAGAUGCCACGCAAGUUGCUGGCGCUGUUUCGACUCCCACCGGUCCCGCCAUCCCGGCUGCUGGGAGGUAGUGUUGGACUUUGGUGAACGUGUGCACUGCUUAGCGCAGGAGCCAUGCACUGAAAAGAUUCAUGGGUUGACUGGGUGAAGCAAAGCCAAGGAAGGAAACACAAGGAUAUGGCAGUAUUUUACAUAGGGUUUUUGGUUUUUGUUCAACUCAUAAGGCUGCAUAUAGACACACAUGGAAGGGAAAUGCAUCGCUGCCCCGCUG